CCACCUUUCAUUCUUAUCUGGCCUUCCUUUGGGGUUCAUGGCAAAUUCCCAUCGUCAAACUACCAACAGGGGGACAGAAGAUGAUGGGUAUGACAAAAUGGAUUGGGACAAGCUUACAUAUCAAGUUAUUCCAACUGAUUACAUGUAUAUAAUGAAAUCCAAUGAAGACGGGAUCUUUUCGAACGGAUGUCUCGUACCUUUUGGAACCAUUCAGCUCGAACCACACUCUUCGGUAUUAAAUUACGGACAGGGAUUAUUUGAGGGCAUGAAGGCAUACAGAAGACCAGAUGGUGGGGUGCAGAUAUUCCGACCCGAAGAAAACGCCAUGCGCGCGCAGAUGGGAGCUGAUAGGCUGCUAAUGGCGGCACCUUCUGUUGAACAGUACACUGAUGCUGUCAAACAAGUUGUCCGCGCAAAUAAACGCUGGGUUCCUCCUUUUGGAAAAGGAGCACUGUACAUUAGGCCUUUAUUAUUUGGAAGUGGAUCUGUUAUGGGUAUUUCACCUGCACCACAGUGCACCUUCCUAAUAUACACUAAUCCAAUUUGCAACGUUUACAAGGGACGAACUACACCCAUGGACUUGUUGAUUGAAGAAAAACUCCCUCGCGCAUAUCCCGGUGGGACUGGAGGAGUGAAAAAUAUAGGCAAUUAUUCAUCUGUUUUCCAUGUGAUGAAAGAAGCAAAAGCCAAAGGAUUUACCGAUGUCCUCUUCCUAGAUGCGGUGGAACAUAAAUAUGUGGAGGAGGUGACUUCGUGCAAUGCUUUCAUUGUCAAGGGUAAUUUGAUUUCAACUUCACCAUUAAUCGGAACUAUUCUUCCUGGAAUCACAAGAAAAAGUAUCAUUAAACUUGCUCGUGAUUUGGGCUACAAGGCCGAGGAACGCAAAAUUUCGGUUGAUGAAUUACUUGAAGCUGAUGAGGUUUUCUGUACUGGAACUGCUGUUGGGAUCUCUGAGGUUCGAAGUGUAACCUACCAGAAUAAAAGGGUUGAGUUCAAAACAGGAGCAGACACCGUCACCCAAAGGUUGUAUGAUAUGAUAACAGGAAUCCAAACAGGCCUUUUGGAGGAUAAGAAUGAAUGGGUGGUGAAGAUUGACUGAAGGGUCGGUCCAACAAUGGGGAAGGUCUAAAAUAAAAAUUUUAAAAAAAAUUAUAUUAAAAAUAAAAAAUAAAAAAUAAAAAUAAAAAGUUACAUAUUAGGUCUUUUUAUUAAUAGGAAAUAAUUUUUAGUCGUGAAUUUAAAUUUUGAAUUUUAACAAUCUUAUCCUGGACCGACCCUACUAAACUAUUACUAAUUUUAUACAUGUAACAUAUCAGUUUUCCUUUA